GUGUACCAACCAUCCGGCAUGAGUCGCUACGAACAUGGGCCCCCGCCGUCCUCGUCAGCGUACGCCUACAACCCAUCCUCGUAUGCGCCUUCUCAUUACUCGCAACAGUCGCCUUAUUACAGCGGCAUGUCCGACUACGGCGCCCCUUCCGAGCAUCGACAGGAGCGAUCGGUUUCCAGCACGCGGGAUGGGCGGGGGCGCCGCCCGUCUGUAUACGGUGCGCCUGUGGUUGAUUACGACUCUCCCUCAGCUGCCUUUGAUGAUGACGAGCCCUUGGACGCUGCCCCUCCUGCGCCGCCACCACCACCUCGGGAGCCUCGCCCCCGCCUUCCCUCUCAUUCUUCCCAUGAUCGCGACGAGGACUACUACCGUCGGCCACCACUGAAGCACAAGAACACCCCGCAUAUCAUCCAGAAACGCCCAGAGCCGCGCAAGGGUGUAUCUGCACCAUCCGUCACGUCCGGGCACUCUGCUAGGUCCUUUGACAUGGCUGACAUGAAGGAUGCUUUGCCUGACGGCUACGGCUACCGGCGGUCCUCCCGGGAGACGGUCGUGCCGGCGCGAAGCCGCAGCUACCGGCGCCCUACAGCGUAUCACGACUCUGCUAGACCCUCGCGGAUUGCCGUGGAGAACUCUCGUCGCCGUCAGCCAACUAUCUACGACUUCCCAGACGACGAUGAUGAUGAAGACGACGAUGACGAGGAAGAGGAUGACGAGAUGGAUGAGAAGCAUCGCGAGGCGGAGGAGUACCAAGCUACCCGCACAGUGAAAGCACCAGUGCCCCCGGCGCCACCCGUGCCCUUGACGGCAGAUGCUCUCUUCAAGGCCAAGUCCUCCCAGCGCGCCGAGAGCGACAGUGGAAGCCAGAAGAGUCGCAGCAGCCGUGGGAGCGAUGCCCGCACACAGAGCGGUAGCAACGCUGGAUCCAAGCCAGAAGAGGACAACAACAUCGUCAUGACGCUAAACGGUGUCACGAUGAGUUUCCCUCAGGAUGGCGGAAAGAAGAUCAGUGUCCGGACCGGCGAAACUGGGGCGGUCGAGCUGAACAUCGAAGGCAAACAGCGGCCGAAAAAGUAUUUGACCAAUGGAUCGGAGUACACUGGCAGCGUGGCUCAUAGUCGAAGGGAAAUCGAAGAUGCCCGACGGGUAAGGGAAAUUGAAGAUUCCCGGCGGAUGAGGGAGAUUGAAGAUGCCCGGCGGGUACGGAGUGAUCGCAAGUCAGAUCGUGCCAGUCGACGCUCUAGCCGAUCGACCUACGGUGGUCGAUACUAG